AUGGAUGCGAUCAUGAGGAUCCUAGAAGAGAUUGGUAAUUUGAUAGGACGGCAGACCCAGGAAAGGGCUGCCACUAUUGCCCAAGCUGCCGAGGCCGCUGUGGCCGCUUCUAUCAAUAAUAACAAUGGGAAUCAAGGACAGGGGGAUGGGCUGGAUGAAUUUGGCCCCGUCCGAGGCUUCGAUGUUCCUUUUGAUGGAGUGGGGGACUGGGAUCCGUCUGCCAUACCUCCUCCCGAUGGCGAGCUGACUAGCUUAGACACUAGUCUGGCGCUGUCAAGGCACCAGCAUGUUCCUUCAACGCCCGAGUCUACCGUGGCGGAGCCGGAGGAGUCGCAAGCAGGGUAUGACCCUAUGGAUGUGGAUCUCAAGGUAAUUCCAAAGGAGGAAGAAGAAGAAGAAGACCCUAAGGACGAACCCGAAGAGGAGCCCGAAGAAGACCCAGAGAUGGGAUUAGAGGACGUACCCGAGGACGAGCCAGAGUAUGAGCCAGAAGACGAGCCGGAAGAGGAGUUUGACGAGGAAGAGCGGGUUGAGGCACCGGUAGAGUCGGGUGACAUAGACAACCCGAUUGAGAUUGAGGCGGAUUCGGAGUCUUCCGAGGAGCCAGAUUAUGAUAGGGUUUCAGACCUAGAUUCCGGGGAGAUGGAAUUGGAGUGGACGCCGUCUAGCGGGCGUCGGGGCUAG